AUGGCGUUGCUCCAAGGCUGUGAGACUUCACUGGAUCUGACAUAUCAGAAGGUCACGGUUGCAGCGAAUAAGAUCUUUAAAACCCUCAGGGACAUUUCAAGAGCUCGAGCACAGAUGAAACAGUUUAAUUCUGUAUAUAUCCCAGGAAGCAAUACCUUACAGGCUUCUUACAAACCAUUGCUGAAACAAGUGAUGGAGGAGAUAUAUAAUCCUGAUCGACCUGACCCUAUUGAUAUUGAGCAUAUGUCUUCUGGGCUCACCGACCUUCUGAAAACGGGAUUCAGUAUGUUUAUGAAGGUGAGUCGCCCUCACCCUAGCGAUCAUCCUUUGCUGAUCAUCUUCCUGGUUGGUGGAGUGACAGUGUCUGAAGUGAAAAUGGUGAAGGACAUUCUGUCAGCACACAAGCCUGGAGCACAGGUAAUUGUGCUGUCCUCGGCGCUCCUGACUCCACAUAUCAUUCUUGAGUUGAUCUUUACAACAGACCAUCUACAGCCGGACAUUGGCAUCUGAAGAGCAGAGAAUCUGACCAAGUCGGGCAUCUGGUUUGGCUUGCUGAAAAUAUUAAACAAAACCCUCGUCUUCUAUCCUUCAGGGCAUUCUACUAAAAAUAAAAUCACCCCUCGCCUUGAUUCAGCCACUGGGAAGAAAUGGAUCUGAUAGCCGUAAAGAAAUUUACCUAGAACAUGAAAGCACUUGAAAAUCUUUUUGUUAUGUCAGUGACGUCAAUCCAGCAUUACUUCUGUCUGCAGUAAUAUCAUAUUUAACUGAAGUCCUUUUAUCUCCAGCUUGUUAACAUGGACUGUUCUUGCUGACAACUGCCAAGAGUCAAGAACACCACAGAUACCAGUUUCAUAAGAACACUGAGGAACAAUGAAAGAGAGCAGAAGGGUCUUCCAUUUUUAUAGCGAGUUUUCCUUCACUUUCUGCAGCAGUCAUGUCAGUUGGCUGGCUUGCGAUGUAAGCCAUGAACGGCAGAUUUAGUCAUAAAUGCAGUAUUCCCUGACAGAAAGUGGACCUCAGUGGCUUCUUCACAGUCAAGUGGUGCAGAGGAUGUUAAGUAGAAUAUUUGGCAGAUUUUAUAAUAAUAAUCCAUUUGCCAGUCAACAGGCAUCUCUUCAGUAAGAGAAAAACCUGGAACAGCCUGGUAGUAGCUUUCCAAAAGGUCUCUGUCUCCCGCUGGUGCUUAGCUAAGUUGGAGAUAAAUACAUAGCUCUUGAUGGCUGACCAUACAUUUGUACAUCAUAAGCCUGAUGGCAAAGUUUUGAGGGAUA